UUCUACACCGAGAUGGCUCGUUUUGGAGAGGCGGUGGUUGGCCGAUUGGGGUCCGGGGAUGGAGGAUCAGAGAGGAGUAAGACUCUGCAAGGGUCCCCGGCUGCCCCGCUGGGGACCCAGGCAGCUUUCAAGCAAUCCAAAGCCCAAAGAGCAAGGACGAUGGCUUUAUACAACCCCAUACCAGUCCGGCAGAACUGCUUCACCGUGAACAGGUCGCUGUUCAUCUUUGGAGAAGACAAUAUCAUCAGGAAAUAUGCUAAGAAGCUUAUCGACUGGCCUCCUUUUGAAUACAUGAUCCUUGCUACUAUCAUUGCAAAUUGCAUUGUUCUGGCAUUGGAGCAGCACCUUCCUGGAGAUGACAAAACGCCCAUGUCUCGUAGAUUGGAGAAGACUGAACCCUAUUUCAUAGGGAUAUUUUGCUUUGAAGCUGGAAUUAAGGUUGUUGCCCUAGGACUGGUAUUUCACAAAGGUUCUUACCUCCGCAAUGGCUGGAACGUCAUGGACUUUAUUGUAGUUCUUAGUGGCAUUCUAGCCACAGCCGGAACUCACUUUAAUACUCACGUGGACCUGCGAACAUUGCGGGCAGUGCGUGUUCUCCGACCACUCAAGCUGGUCUCGGGAAUUCCAAGUUUACAGAUUGUCUUGAAAUCCAUCAUGAAAGCGAUGGUACCUCUGCUACAGAUUGGAUUGCUGCUUUUUUUUGCCAUUCUCAUGUUUGCAAUUAUUGGACUUGAGUUUUACAGUGGCAAGCUGCACAAAGCCUGUUACAGGAAUCAAUCAGGAUGGGAUGCAAUGGACCCUCCUCUCCCAUGUGGUGUUCCUAGAUGCCCAGAUGGGUAUGAGUGCAAGGAAUGGAUUGGACCCAAUGAUGGAAUUACUCAGUUCGAUAACAUCCUAUUUGCGGUGCUGACCGUCUUCCAGUGUAUAACCAUGGAGGGCUGGACCACAGUGCUGUACAAUACCAAUGAUGCCUUAGGACCCACUUGGAACUGGCUGUAUUUCAUCCCUCUCAUUAUCAUAGGAUCUUUCUUCGUGCUCAACUUAGUUCUUGGUGUUCUGUCCGGUGAAUUUGCCAAAGAGAGGGAGCGUGUGGAGAACAGGAGGGCCUUCAUGAAGUUGCGCAGGCAGCAGCAGAUUGAAAGGGAACUGAAUGGCUAUCGAGCAUGGAUAGAUAAAGCUGAGGAAGUGAUGCUGGCAGAAGAAAAUAAAAAUUCUGGGACCUCAGCUUUAGAAGUUCUCAGAAGAGCAACAAUUAAAAGGAGUAGAACAGAAGCCAUGAACCGGGACACGAAUGAGGACCACUGUGUCGAUAUAUCCUCUGUCGGCACUCCCCUUGCCAGAGCCAGUAUCAAGAGCAACAAAAUGGAUGGUGCAUCUUAUUUUCGCCACAAAGAAAGAUUAUUACGUAUAUCUGUACGACACAUGAUCAAAUCCCAGGUCUUUUAUUGGCUGGUUUUGGGAGUAGUAGCAUUAAACACUGCCUGUGUGGCCAUUGUUCAUCAUAAACAGGUUCACUGGCUCUCACAUAUCCUGUACUAUGCAGAAUUUUUGUUUCUUGGGUUAUUUAUGGUGGAGAUGUUUUUCAAGAUGUAUGGGAUGGGUCCAAGACUCUACUUUCACUCCUCCUUCAACUGUUUUGACUGUGGGGUGACAAUUGGAAGUAUAUUUGAAGUCAUUUGGGCUAUAUUUAGACCUGGGACAUCUUUUGGAAUUAGCGUCCUUAGAGCACUGCGUCUUCUAAGAAUUUUUAAAAUAACAAAAUACUGGGCCUCACUGAGGAACCUUGUCGUAUCCUUGAUGAAUUCCAUGAAGUCAAUUAUCAGUCUGCUGUUCCUUCUUUUUCUCUUUAUUGUUGUGUUUGCUCUUCUGGGAAUGCAGCUCUAUGGUGGCAGAUUUAAUUUUAAUGAUGGCACGCCUUCUGCAAAUUUUGACACCUUUCCAGCAGCGAUCAUGACAGUUUUUCAGAUCCUAACAGGAGAGGAUUGGAACGAGGUGAUGUACAAUGGAAUCCGCUCACAGGGUGGAGUUCGUUCUGGGAUGUGGUCGUCCAUUUAUUUCAUCAUUCUCACCCUGUUUGGCAACUACACUCUCCUGAAUGUAUUUCUUGCCAUUGCUGUGGACAAUCUGGCCAAUGCUCAGGAGCUAACUAAGGAUGAACAGGAAGCAGAGGAAGCAUUUAACCAGAAGCAUGCCCUUCAAAAAGCCAAGGAGGUCAGCCCUAUGUCUGCACCUAAUGCAUCAUCUGUUGAGAAUGAUCGCCGAAAGCGGCAUACCAUGUCCAUCUGGGAGCAGCGCACAAGUCAACUAAGGAGACAUAUACAGAUGUCUAGUAAGGAAGCUCUACAGAAUGAAGAACUAGCAGCUCUGAAUCCUCACUCAAGUAUAUAUCGCAAGACAAAGCAAGCAGAAGAGUCAACUGCUGAAAAAGUAGAAGGACCGGAAGAAGAAAAGCCGGGAACAGAUGGUCCAAAGGAUGGAGAAGAAAGCCCCACUCAUCAAAACCUCAGGGAACACUGGCGGCAGAAGUCUAGACAUGUCAAAGCUGAAAAUACAGACCCCAAUGGCACAACACUUGAGGAGUCUGUACGCAGGAGGCAAAGCCAAAGACGAAGUCGGCACAGAAAAGUUAGGACUGAAGGGAAAGAGACAUCCAGCAAUCCAAAUAGCACCUCAGCCAGUCAGGAAGGAGGACUUGACAGAGAGACCACUGAGCAUGGUAAAACACCCAAAGAGGAGAAAAUGAAUGGUGAAGCCAAGGAAGUGAGGAUAACUGAGGAGGAGCCACCUUCGAGUUGUCUCAAAUACUGUGAAGAUAGGAAUGACAGCACAAUGGGAUGUGAGGGUCCCAUUCCCAACACUGCUCCCUUGCAGGAAAUGAGCCAUGGGAAGAAUGGCAGUCCCCCAGACAUGGAUUACAGUGAGCAGGCCUUGCUGGGCAGCAUGAGGAGUCAAGAGGAAAGUCCUAAUCCAACCAGUUGCAGUUUGGCUGAUGUCUCCAGCAGCACAGAGCGAAUCACAGAGAGUACAGUGAUCACCUUACCUGAUGCUGGAAUGGCUUCCGACUGCACCGUGGUACAGAUGACUGAAGGAAGAGAUGGAGAGAUCAGUCUUGUAUCUCAGGAGCAAGAGAAGGAUGAGGAAGAGGCUGACGAUUUAGAAGAGCAAGCUAUGAAAAGGAAAGGAAAAGUGCUAGAGUCUCCAAAAGCUAUUGUGCCAUACAGUUCAAUGCUUAUCUUCACUUCUGCCAAUCCGGUAAGGAAAGUGUGCCAUUACAUUGUGAAUCUACGAUAUUUUGAAAUGAGCAUCCUUCUAGUGAUUGCUGCUAGUAGUAUCGCCCUAGCAGCUGAGGACCCAGUGUUGACCAACUCUGACCACAACAAAGUUCUUCGCUACUUUGACUAUGUUUUCACUGGUGUUUUCACCUUUGAGAUGGUAAUAAAGAUGAUCGACCAGGGUUUAAUCUUACAUGACGGUUCAUACUUCCGUGACCUAUGGAAUAUCUUGGAUUUUGUAGUUGUGGUGGGCGCUUUAAUAGCUUUUGCUUUGGCGAAUAUUUUGGGGACUAACAAAGGCCGAGACAUCAAAACCAUUAAGUCUCUACGUGUGCUGAGGGUGCUUCGUCCGCUGAAAACCAUCAAACGUCUCCCCAAGCUGAAGGCAGUAUUUGAUUGUGUGGUUAACUCUUUGAAGAAUGUCUUUAAUAUCCUCAUCGUGUACAAACUCUUCAUGUUUAUAUUCGCCGUCAUCGCUGUUCAGCUCUUCAAGGGCAAGUUCUUUUACUGCACAGACAGCUCAAAGGAUACAGAGAAGGAAUGCAUAGGAAGUUACAUAGAUCAUGAGAAGAACAAGAUGGAGGUCAAACGCAGAGAGUGGAAGAGGCAUGAUUUCCAUUAUGACAACAUAAUUUGGGCUCUCCUUACUCUCUUCACUGUAUCUACAGGGGAAGGCUGGCCUCAGGUUUUACAGCAUUCGGUGGAUGUGACUGAAGAGGACCGUGGUCCCAGUCGUGGCAACCGUAUGGAGAUGUCAAUCUUCUAUGUUGUCUAUUUUGUUGUCUUCCCCUUCUUUUUCGUCAAUAUCUUUGUGGCUCUGAUUAUCAUCACUUUCCAAGAACAAGGGGACAAGAUGAUGGAAGAAUGCCGGCUGGAAAAGAAUGAGAGAGCCUGCAUAGACUUUGCGAUUAGUGCCAAACCACUCACUCGGUAUAUGCCCCAGAAUCGCAAUACCUUCCAGUAUCGCGUCUGGCACUUUGUAGUUUCACCAUCAUUUGAAUACACCAUCAUGGCUAUGAUUGCUCUAAAUACUGUGGUGCUAAUGAUGAAGUAUUAUCAAGCACCAUACACUUAUGAGCUUGCUUUAAAAUAUUUGAACAUCGCCUUCACCAUGUUAUUCUCCCUGGAGUGCAUCCUCAAGAUCAUUGCAUUUGGAUUCUUGAACUAUUUUAGGGAUACCUGGAACAUUUUUGAUUUUAUUACAGUAGUUGGUAGCAUCACAGAGAUAAUACUUACAGACAGUAAGCUGGUGAACACAAGCAGUUUCAACAUGAGCUUCUUGAAAUUGUUUCGAGCUGCCCGACUCAUUAAACUUCUUCGGCAGGGAUACACAAUCCGCAUUUUACUAUGGACUUUUGUCCAGUCCUUUAAGGCUCUCCCUUAUGUCUGCCUCCUGAUUGCUAUGUUAUUCUUCAUCUAUGCCAUUAUAGGCAUGCAGGUAUUUGGUAACAUCCAAUUGGAAGAGGACAGCCAUAUUAAUAGACACAACAACUUCAGGAGUUUCUCCAGUUCCCUCAUGCUGCUGUUCAGGAGUGCCACUGGUGAGGCCUGGCAGGAGAUCAUGCUGUCAUGCCUGGGAGAUAAAGGUUGUGAACCCGACACUAGUGCUGCUGCGCAUAACGAGAACGAGCGUUGUGGAACUGAUCUGGCUUACGUGUAUUUUGUCUCCUUUAUUUUCUUCUGUUCUUUUCUGAUGUUAAAUCUUUUUGUUGCUGUCAUCAUGGAUAACUUUGAAUACCUGACCAGAGACUCUUCUAUUCUCGGCCCCCACCAUCUGGACGAGUUUGUUCGAAUCUGGGCGGAAUACGACAGAGCAGCAUGUGGCCGCAUCCAUUAUCCAGAGAUGUACGAAAUGCUGACCCUCAUGUCACCACCUUUAGGCCUCGGAAAGAGAUGUCCUAACAAAGUGGCUUAUAAGAGACUGGUCCUGAUGAAUAUGCCCGUAACAGAAGAUAUGACGGUUCAUUUCACUUCCACUCUAAUGGCUCUUAUCCGGACAGCACUGGAUGUGAAAAUUGCCAAAGGGGGAGCUGACAGACAACAGCUGGAUUCAGAGCUGCAGAACGAAAUACUGGCCAUUUGGCCAAAUCUUUCCCAAAAGAUGCUAGACCUACUUGUUCCAAUGCCAAAAGCCUCUGAUUUGACCGUGGGCAAGAUUUAUGCUGCUAUGAUGAUCAUGGACUAUUAUAAGCAGAGUAAAGCAAAAAAGCAGAGGCAGCAGCUGGAAGAACAGAAAAAUGCACCAAUGUUUCAAAGAAUGGAAGCCUCAUCUUUACCUGAGGAGAUAUUAUCCAAUGCCAAAGCCUUACCAUACCUCCAGCAGGAUACACUGUCAGGACUGUGAGUUCUGGCUGCUUUUCCCUCACUGAGCCCGAUGUCCCCUGAGGAGAUAUUUCAACCUCCGUGUCUGGACGAGGAUGAUGAAGACUUUGAAGAACAGCUGUCUCUGGAGCCAGAGGUUAGAGAGUAUAGCAAGGAGCAGCUUCCUAAUCAAGGCAGCUACAUACCCGGGGAGAUGCUGGAACGUCCAGCGUCAGUGAGAGCUUCUUCCAUGCCACGCCUGGCGGAGAACCCCCAGGUCCUGUCUGAUGUGAGCUCCAUGCGGCGCUCUUUCUCCACCACUGCGGAUAAGCGAAUGCGCAGUUCCUGGCUGGAUGAUUUCUCAUUAGAUAGAAGUGGUAUGGAUAGCUACAAGCAGCAACGGCGCAGCUAUCAUGCUUCUCUAAGACUAUCCACCCACCGAAUGAAUUCUGAUACAGGUCGCCUAGAUACUCAUCGUUCAGGAGGAAGAGAACGAGGUCGUUCUAAGGAGAGGAAACAUCUUUUAUCUCCUGAUCCUUCCCGUUGCAACUCUGAAGAGAGGAGUCCGCAAGCUGCUUGUGAGCACCAUGAUCACCAGCUGUCACCCAGCCACACGCACAGCAGCGUGCAGGUAAGGAUGCUUGACUCUUUAAAUGAAAGCUGUAUUCCUUCUGACACCAGCACACCAAGACGUGGUCGGCGCCAGCUUCCUUCUGUGCCUGCAACCCCAAGACCUCUUAUCUCUUUCUCUUCUUUAAUUCGCCGUCAAAAACACAGUUCCCCACCUAUGAAUGACAGCGAUAAUGCAGCACCUCUUCCAAGUGACCCAGGUCUGAGUGAGUCUUCCUGUUCUCUCCAGGGACGUCACAGCUCCCAGUCCACCCCUCAGCACUAUAUCUCAGAGCCAUAUUUGGCCCUACCUGAGGAGAUGCAAAGCUUAGACUGCCCCACUGAGGACACACUUACUUUUGAGGUUGCUGUGGCUACCAGCCUAGGCCGCUCUAACACAAUUGGCUCUGCCCCUUUACGUCACGGGUGGCAGAUGCCCAAUGGUCACUAUCGGCGUAGAAGAAAGGGUGGUGUGCCACCUGUCAUAGCUUCCCGUGAAUUGAGUGACACAGAAGAGGAUGAUCGGUGUUAAAGAAAGUUGGGAUAUUCUUGCAGUACAGCAGCUGGUAAUCUUUGAAUGAUCCCUCUCUAUCACAUCAAUGAGCUUCUUCCAGAGGAGCCCCCAAGCACUCACUGCCAAUCCCCUAACCAAAACUGCAAGUCCAGGCAAUGCCUUGAGAUUUGAAGCCUGUCUUUUAAUAUCUUGUGCCAAAAAAAAAUGAAAAUAAACUGCCUGAGAAGAUACAUGCAAAGGGGAAAGCAUGGAGGUGAAAGGCCUUCAUUACUGGACUGUGAUUUUGGGGUGAUCUGUUAUAUGUUUAUAGGCUGUGGGGAUCACUGCCUAUUACAUAGGUUCGCUGUUGUCAAUUGAUACCUUUUCAUCUUUUGCCAAUAACAGGAGUUGUGUUUCAGAAUGUUGGCAAUUGAUUGGCCCCCACAAUGAUCCUUCAGCAAGAAAGUAAACCAUGAAAUAUGGCUAAUUAGUUAAGCUCAUUGGACAGCCAUCAUAUUGCAGUUUACUAUUAGACACAUUGGUUGACUGAAGGGUUUGCCGUCUAGUUGUGUGAUGUUCAUAUAGAAUUUAUAUGCAAAAUGUAGAAUGAUUGGUUGACAGGCUUUAUUUUAAAUGCUAAUCCUGAGCCCGUGACCCCUUGUCAAUGUGCAGGGAGAUGAGUGUCCAUUUUUGUUAUAUGUUUUCCAUAAACAAAAAAAGAUCAAAAGUAACUUGUGCAUUCUUGGUUGAUGUUUUAAUUAUAUUAGUAGGGAUUCUGAUAGAUGGCACAUAGAUCAUGUGAACACAUAAAGGAUGAAGCAGACAUAUCUUUGAUUACAGUCAUACCCAUGUCUUCGUUGUCCAGCUUUGCCCACUCAUAGAGGUGAUAAGCAUGCUUCAGUUUAGUUUGCAUGGUCCUUAUAAGCUCCUUAGUUCUGCAAUGUAGAUCUAACCAUCUUCUUGAAAUAUCACAACAGAGCCCACUUU